GCGCAUGCGCUAAGGUCUGUCUCAUCGCUCCGUCGCGGCCGUGGCGACGAAGAUUUCGUCUGGGCGGCCGCGUGGUCCUGGUUUGUAGAGGAUGCCCCAUGAGGAAAUCCCCAACUCCACUCAACCUCAGGACCAAGAUUGUUUACCAGGCCAGCAUGUCAGUGCUGACAGAGACAUACCAGCUGGGCAGGAGAGUGCUGGGGUCUCAGAAGCGGGGAAGUGCCUCUCCUCUCCUUCCUGUGACUAUGGGCCGUCCACAUCUGCUGAAGCUUGUGUACCGGCAGCCACAAGGCGGGGGCCCACCCUGCUGCACAUCGACCGGCAUCAGAUUCCUGCGGUGGAGCCCAGUGCUCAGGCCCUGGAGCUGCAGGGCCUGGGUGUGGACGUCUACGACCAGGCCGUCCUGGAGCAAGGCGUGCUUCAGCAGGUGGACAGUGCAAUGCAUGAGGCCAGCCGUGUGGCCCAACGUGCUGAUGCGGAGAAAGAGUAUCAGUCAGUCCUGGACGACCUCAUGUCAUGUACAACAUCCCUGAGGCAAAUCAAUAAAAUUAUAGAGCAACUUAGCCCUCAAGCUGCCAGCAACAGAGACAUCAACAGGAAACUAGAUUCUGUGAAACGACAGAAGUAUAACAAGGAACAACAGCUAAAGAAGAUAACUGCAAAACAGAAACGUCUCCAGGCCAUUCUCGGAGGAGCGGGGGUCCAUGUGGAACUGGAUCAUGGCAGCCUAGAGGAGGAAGAUGCAGAGCCAGGCCCAUCAUGUCUCGGCAGUAUGCUCAUGCCUGCCCAGGAGAGCGCCUGGGAAGAGCUUAUCCGCACUGGCCAGAUGACACCGUUCGGUACCCCAGCCCCUCAGAAACAGGAGAAAAAGCCUAGAAAAAUAAUGCUCAAUGAAGCAUCAGGCUUUGAAAAAUAUUUGGCAGACCAAGCACAACUUUCUUUUGAAAGGAAAAAACAAGCUGCUAAUAAAAGAACAGCUAAAAAAGCUGUGGUUGUAUCUGAGUCAAGCCGAGGACCAAAUGAAACUAAGCCAAACCAGAGAAGCCAAGCACUCUCUCAGACAGACAAGCGCCUGAAGAAGCACAUCAGGAAGCUCCAGAGGAGGGCGCUGCAGUUCCAGGGCAAAGUGGGAUUGCAAAGGGGGAAGAGACCUCUGGAGCCUGAGGAGAGGCCAGGGGCAGAGGGAGACACUGAGGGUGAGGAGUCUGGGUCCUCUCCCACUGAUGGGGAGGAAGAGGAAGAGCAAGAGGAGGAAGGGGUAGCCAGCCUGUCUUCCGAUGACAUUAGCUAUGAACUGAAGCCUCUUCGGAAAGGGCAAAAAUACCAGAAGAAAGUCCCAGUGCAGGAGAUCGACGAUGACUUCUUUCCAAGUUCUGAGGAGGAAGAUGAAGCUGUGGAAGGAAGAGGAGGAGGCCGCAAGGUCUCCAGGCGCCCAGACGAUGGAGAUGAGGAUUAUUAUAAACAGCGAUUAAGGAGGUGGAAUAGGCUGAGGCUGCAGGACAAAGAGAAGCUGAAGCUUGAAGACGAUUCUGAGGAGAGCGAUGCUGAGUUUGACGAAGGUUUCAAAGUGCCGGGUUUUCUGUUCAAAAAGCUCUUUAAGUAUCAGCAGACAGGUGUUAGGUGGCUGUGGGAAUUGCACUGCCAGCAGGCAGGAGGAAUUCUGGGAGACGAAAUGGGAUUGGGCAAGACCAUCCAGAUAAUUGCCUUCUUGGCAGGUCUGAGCUACAGCAAGAUCAGGACUCGCGGUUCAAAUUACAGGUUCGAGGGACUUGGCCCCACUCUCAUUGUCUGCCCAACGACAGUGAUGCAUCAGUGGGUGAAAGAAUUCCACACGUGGUGGCCUCCAUUCAGAGUGGCGAUUCUGCACGAAACAGGCUCCUGUGCCCACAGAAAGGAGAGGCUGGUUCGAGAUAUUGUUCAUUGUCAUGGAGUUUUGAUAACUUCGUAUUCCUACAUUCGACUGAUGCAAGACGACAUUAGCAGGCAUGACUGGCACUAUGUCAUCUUAGACGAAGGACAUAAAAUUCGAAAUCCAAAUGCUGCAGUCACCCUUGCUUGCAAACAGUUCCGGACACCCCAUCGGAUCAUCUUGUCGGGCUCACCGAUGCAGAAUAACCUCCGAGAGCUGUGGUCACUCUUCGACUUUACCUUCCCAGGAAAGCUAGGCACGUUGCCUGUGUUCAUGGAGCAGUUCUCUGUCCCCAUCACCAUGGGGGGGUACUCCAAUGCUUCCCCAGUACAGGUUAAAACUGCCUAUAAGUGUGCGUGUGUCUUGAGAGACACGAUAAACCCGUACCUACUGCGAAGAAUGAAAUCAGACGUCAAGAUGAGCCUUUCGCUGCCAGAUAAAAGCGAACAGGUCUUAUUUUGCCGUCUAACUGAUGAGCAGCAUAAAGUCUACCAGAAUUUCAUUGAUUCCAAAGCAGUUUACAGGAUUCUCAAUGGAGAGAAUCAGAUUUUCUCUGGACUUGUAGCUCUGAGGAAGAUCUGCAACCACCCUGACCUCUUUUCUGGUGGCCCCAAGACCCCCAGUGCUCUUCCAGGGGACGGGCUGGAGGAAGAGCAGUUCGGAUACUGGAAACGCUCUGGGAAAAUGAUUGUCGUUGAGUCUUUGCUGAAAAUCUGGCACAAGCAGGGUCAGCGGGUGCUGCUGUUUUCCCAGUCAAGGCAGAUGCUGCACAUACUGGAAGUGUUCCUGAGAGCCCACAAGUAUUCCUAUCUCAAGAUGGAUGGGACCACUACCAUAGCAUCCAGGCAGCCGCUGAUUACAAAAUACAAUGAGGACACGUCCAUCUUUGUCUUUCUUCUGACCACACGGGUGGGCGGCUUAGGAGUGAACCUGACCGGGGCCAACAGAGUCAUCAUCUACGACCCUGACUGGAAUCCAAGCACCGACACACAGGCACGGGAGCGAGCAUGGAGGAUCGGCCAGAAGAAGCAGGUGACUGUCUACAGGCUUCUGACGGCCGGUACCAUAGAGGAAAAGAUCUAUCACCGACAAAUCUUCAAGCAAUUUUUGACAAACAGAGUGCUAAAAGACCCCAAACAAAGGCGCUUUUUUAAGUCCAAUGAUCUCUAUGAGCUGUUUACUCUGACUAGUCCUGAUGCCUCCCAGGGCACUGAAACAAGUGCUAUUUUUGCAGGAACCGGGUCUAAUAUUCAGACACUGAAAUGCCAUUUUAAAAAGAGGACUCCACCAGUCCUACAAAUGGAUCCCAAAUGCAAGAAGCCCCCGGUUUCUGACACAUCUGUAAAUGGUGCCACUGUGAUGGAAGAAAAAUCUCAGGGUUCAGGAGCUACGGGCAGUGUCCCUUCUACAGAAAGUGGCCCUUUGAAAAGUGACCGUCACACAGAUGGGAGCAGAGCCAGCAGUGUUGGUUUUGCAGAGGAGGCAGAUGCAGGGUCUACGCUGGAGCAUCUCUCAGGGCUGAGUGGAGAUUCUCCAACAGUUGACCACACAUCCAGGCCGUCAGGUGAGGCGAGCACCAGUGAGAAGCAGGGCUCUUCCUAUGAAGGGGAGUGCUGCCAGGCUCAGACGGGACCUGUUCACCUGAGUGAACAAACGGAAGGUCAUUUCUCUAAGCACAAAUCAAAAAGGAAACAUGAUGCAGCGGAGGAAGAGACCACAGAGAAGUGUCCACAGCCCAAGCAAAAGGCCAAGAACUCCAGGCAUCACAGAGAUGCUAAGUUUGAGGGAACGCGAGUCCCACACCUGGUGAAGAAGAGGCGGUACCGUCAGCAAACCACUGAGCAGGAGAGCGGAGCCAAGGACCGGAGCAGUGAUGAUUAUGUUUUGGAAAAGCUUUUCAAAAAAUCAGUGGGCGUGCACAGCGUCGUGAAGCAUGAUGCCAUCAUAGAUGGGUCCAGUCCGGAUUAUGUGCUGGUGGAGGCAGAAGCCAACAGAGUGGCUCAGGAUGCCUUGAAAGCUCUGAGGCUCUCUCGUCAGCAGUGCCUGGGGGCAACAUCUGGUGUUCCCACCUGGACUGGCCACAGGGGUAUUUCCGGUGCACCAGCAGGAGUAAAGAAAAGGUUCGGUCAGAAAAGGAACUCCAGCCUCCCUGUGCAGCGUCCUUCGUCGCUAACAGAGAGGACUCAGAACAUGAAGAAGGAGGGGAAAGCUCACACCCCUGAGCACUUCAGUGGCAAAGAAGAUGGAGCAUCGUCGUCUGGAGCCCCCAGUUCCUCCUCGCUCUUGGCCAGAAUGCGAGCACGAAACCACAUGAUUCUGCCGGAGCGUUUGGAGAGUGACGGCGAGCAGCUUGCUGGGGCUGUGGCUGCAGCUGUGCCUCCCUGCAGCACAGAGCACGACGCCCUUCUGGUGGACAUGAGGAACUUCAUUGCCUUCCAGGCUCAGGUGGAUGGCCAGGCCAGCACUCAGGAAAUCCUACAGGCGUUCGAAUCCAAGCUGUCGGUGGCACAGUCCUGUGUCUUCCGAGAACUACUGAGGAAUCUGUGCAAUUUCCAUAGAACUCCCGGUGGUGAAGGGAUUUGGAAACUGAAGCCAGAGUACUGCUAACAGUGGUGCUUCCUGAACUUUUUCAAAUAGGAAUCUUGGCGUGUGUGUGUGUGUGUGUGUGUGUGUGUGUGUGUGUGUGUGUAAGUGUGUAAGUGUGUAAGUGUAUAAGAGUAUAGCUGCACUUGGUGUUUACUGUGUCAUCUACCUCAAGACUAAAACUUGAAGAAGAAAAUAAUUGGAGGGUUUUUGUUUGGUUUGGUUUUGUUUUGGUGGCACUAUGAAUUGUUAUAAAACCAGGGACCUAACAGUUGUUUAAUGGAGCAAAUACAUUACUUAACCCAAGAGAUGCUGUCAGGGAGCACAUUCUGUCUAAGAGUAGAUCUCGUUUCUUCUUAUUGGUGCUGGGAACAUGUCUUCUCUUUAUCCACGCCAUCCCAUAAGUGACUUCACGGUAUCUGAUAACCUUAGUACCUUGAUACAGUAAGUAUUCAUGACCCACUGACCACGUACAGAAAGACCCUUGCUAUCUGUCAAAUCAUUACCUACGAUUAAUUCUUCACAGUACUUUUAAAGUAGCAGGUUUGGGUUUUACUGUUGGUUUGUUUAAACGUUGCUAAAGACAGUGUGGUGCCUUGCACAUGCUAAGCGAGCAUGUGCUUCACCACCAAGUUCCAUCCCUGUUCAUACAUACGCAUCAAAGAAGGAAGUCUGGUUUUUCUUCUCUGUCAUCAUUGUGUAAGGAUGGGGGAAGGGGUUUGUUUAAAUAGGUCAGUAACGUCUACACUUCAGCACUUGGCUCAGAAGGCAGUCACAACACCUGUUUGUUAAUUUUUUCUUCUAGUUGUUAGCCUACAAGGAAAUGGCGUUGUUCUUGUCCUCAGGCUGACUCCUGAUCUGACUCACUAGUGUGAGCUUUUGUGCUGUGUCUGUAAUGCCUGAGAUCUACGUCAGACUGAGCUGGAGAAGGUAUAAACACCUCUUAGAUGGCAAGUGACCUCCCAUGCAGUAAGGGAGGAGUCCAUGGUCCAGCUCUGCCACUGACCUGCCCAGCCUGGGAGGGUUGACUGUAAACACGUUUUCCAGCCAAGCUGGGGAAACUCAGAGACCAGUGCUCUAGGUUAAAGUACUUUUUAACAAUGAACAAUACCUUUAUACAUUAAGCUGCAAUCUGAUUUUUUGAACAUGAAAUACUUUGUGUGGUGUAAAUAGAAUUAAUGUGUUAAACAUGUUAAAUAAUUAUAAAUAAAAGACUUUAAAAUUCCAGCUUUUACUGUAUUGUCACUGUUAAACCCUUCAAGCGCCCCUGCCUUCCCACCCUGUGCUGAUGUAGCUGCGGUUCCAGAGCCCUGUGCAGUUGCCCAGCAUUUGCAUGGCUGCUGGCGUGGGCUGCUCCUUCUCAUCUGUGUGUCCCCUGGACCAGUCACUGCUCAGCUGAUAAUCGUUUCUCAGCCUCCCUGCAGCGAAGUGUGGCCGCAUGACCGUUCUAGGCAGUGAGGUGGAAAACUCCAGCUUGAAGCUUACACAAAAUCAUGGCAUGCACGCCCCUGAAAGUUCCCUGUUUUGCUGGUCGGGAUGUGUAUGGAAGCCUCGGGUUUCCUGGUAUUUCAAGAGAGGGUGGUUGGUCUGCCAGUCAAGAAUGGCUGUCCUUGACCAGAUACUUUGGAGUGAAAUAAAUGAAUCUUAUUUAACACUG